AUGGAGGUCGCCACACCAGGUGUGCCAAAUGGUGUUUCAACGCCAGAGACGGCUGCUAUGGUGGACUCCGGCGCAGUCAUUCAGUACCUGACCGAGGUACUUCAGGUAACACUGGGAGCUCAGAAGUCCGAGUUGGAAAGCGCUGGGAGCUUGCUCUCGGAAUCGAGAUACAACGAGACGGUACAACGCUGCACGCGAUUUGCUUCGGAGUCGCAAGUCGCGCUCUAUGUACAAAAGGAUAUUGUUGCGGCGGAGGAAGCUAAUGGCGAGACGGAGAACCAGGCUGUGCAAUACCUCUACAGCCUUUCCUCCGAGAUCUCAUCCGCUUCUACCACCGUGGCCUCGGUAGCUAUAAUCAAACGGCCCGCUCCUAUCGACCCGACUCUUCCGAUGGCGUCGCAAGUUCAGGUCAUGAACUUGCCCGGUCUCGCUUCGCUGAACAAUGCCCCUAGCCAGCAGGGAAACUCCAUGUCGCCCUACCAAAUCCUACACCUGCUGUUACACCACGGUCUCAGUCCCUACUUCGAAGCCUAUACCCGCAGCCAGGAGACGACCGGCGGCACGAAAUCGAAGACGGAUACGGAGGCGAAAACCGGUAUUCCAGGAACGAAGAAGAAGUUCGCGGACUUGGAGCUUGGUUUGAUGCACUUGCAGCAGAAUGUGGAGAUUCCAGCAUUGAGCCUGCCGCUUCACGAAGUUGUACAGGGUGCUCUCAAGGAGGCAGAAACACGCGGAAUCAAGCCAUCUGUGGAGUUGAUUCCCUCGACGGUACUGGAGAGCAGUGCUUUCACUAAUAGCAUCCAAAAUGUGGUGAAUGGCUGGAUUCGGUCGAUCCAGACUAUUACCAAAAUGUCCCGCGACCCGAACAGCGAGUCAGCAUCUCCGGAGGUCAACUUUUGGUUGUCGAUGGAGACCGCUUUGGAAGGUAUCGACACUCAGCUGCAAAGUGACGGUGUACGAUUGACCAUGGACAUUCUUCGUCAUGCGAAGCGGUACCAACCGACUCUCAGUUUCGUGGCGGACACUGGGCUGAAAGAUGCCACCGAAUUGGUCCAGAAGUACAACCAGUUGAUGCGGGAUUUCCCUCUCGAUGAGCUUCUUUCUGCGACGUCGCUGCAGAAAGUCCAAGAGUCUCUGAACUUGAUCUUCACUCACCUGAACAAGAAAUUGAAGAUUUGCCCUUACCCGAUUAAGCGUGCCCUCUCCCUCGUUGAGGCCAUUUCCGGAGACCUUGACAAGAAAAUUCACGAGCUUAUCAAAGGAAACACUAUUUUACAGUUGGACUACCGCGAAUUCCGGUCGUUGAUGAAGGUGACUCAAGCGAUCUGGCGUACCUGGGACGAGAACCUCAAGGAAUUUACCAAUGUUGCUCGUGAAUCAACAAGACGCCGCAACGAAAAGUUCAUUCCAAUCAAGAUCAACGCCAGACACGACAAGACCCGUGAGCGACUCAAGUAUGUUGACACCUUCCGAGUCAACCAUGAACAGCUCCAAAAAACAAUCAUCAAUGUUCUCGGACCAAAGAGCUCUUCGUCCGCCGAUACUGGGACUGUCGAAGGUGACGGAGCUGUCAUCGUGGAGGAGAUUGGCGAUGUCGACGCCGUAGAGGAAGUUGCGCAUGCCUAUGCUGCUCUCCAAAGCGUGGACGUGCUCGAUGUUACCCCCGAGGGAUCUCUAGAAUGGGAACGUCAGGAAAUUGCGUAUAGCGAGCGCACCUCUCGUGUGGAAAAUUCCAUCAUUGCCCGCCUGCGUGACCGUCUCGCUACAGCCAAGAACGCCAAUGAGAUGUUCCGUGUUUUCUCUAAGUUCAAUGCACUGCUUGUCCGCCCCAAGAUUCGUGGUGCCAUCGGCGAGUAUCAAACACAGUUGAUCGACAAUGUCAAGCGAGACAUCAGCGCUCUCCACGAGCGUUUCAAGCAACAGUAUGGCCAUUCGGAAGCUCAUGCCAUGGCUCAACUGCGUGACCUUCCGCCUGUGUCUGGUGCGAUUAUUUGGACCCGUCAAAUUGAACGACAGCUUGAUGGGUAUAUGCGCAAGGUGGAAAAUGUUCUUGGUGAAGAUUGGCAUCUGCAUACCGAGGGACAAAAGCUGCAGGCUGAGAGCAACCUCUUCCGCAAGAAGCUCGACACACGGCCGGUUUUUGAGUCGUGGCUAUGGGAUGUUCAGCGGCGCCAUAUCACGAUCUCUGGACGACUGUUCAGUGUCGUGCGCAACCGCGCGGCAGGAAACACGCUGGAGCUCACAGUCAAUUUUGACGCACAGAUCAUCGCCCUCUUCAAGGAAGUUCGCAAUUUGAUUUGGCUCAACUUCCAGGUUCCUCAUGCUGUCAGCAACAUCUCCAAGGAGGCCAAGCGUGUCUACCCUUACGCCAUUAGCUUAAUGGAGAGUGUCCGGACUCUGCUACAGACAAACCGCACAAUUGCCUCCAUGUCAGACGUCGCUAUCCUGCUCAAUGGCUAUCUGAACGAUUCGCAGGCAAUGGUUGCCAAGGGUAUUCCUCUCCGGUGGGAGUCCUUUGUGCACUCAUAUGAACUGCACGUCAAGCAAUCGGCAUUGGCAAACGGUGCCAUCGAUACUUCCAUGCCUAGUCGCACCGAGAGUAAGCACGUUCAAUUUGUCCGCGAGUUUGCAGGCUCGGCGUCCGUGCUUCAGUCCAAGACUGCCGUGCUUUCGGCCAUCAACGAGAACAUCCAGAAAUCCAUCCACGAACUUAAGACCUGCGCUUACGAUGCUACUGCCUUCAAGCAGCGCCUCGACACUAUCCAGGUUGCUGUUGAUAAGCUCAACCUUGAAAACUAUGUCAACCUCGGGUACUGGGUUGCUGAGCUUAACGGAAAGAUCGAAACAAUUCUACGGGAGCGGCUUCACCGCGCUGUGCGUGAGUGGAUUGGCGCCUUUCAUGAAAGCAAGAUCGAAUCGUCUACCUCUACAGUUGCGGCGACGGCUGAUGGCGAGACCAUGGCCUACAACAUUCAGUUCCCCAAUCUUUUCCACGAGAUUUCUAUGAAGAACCAAGUCCUCCACCUAGACCCACCACUGCAAUUCGCACGGGCAAGCUGGUUCUCUCACUUUGACACAUGGCUUGGUGUGAUUUGCAACCUAGAGAAGAUUAAGCCUUCGCGUUACCAGAUCUCCAUUGGUGUGCAAAAGAAUGUUCGCCUCUCUGAAGUCUGCUUUGCCAACCUCCCCCAACACUGUACCGAUGAGCUCAACCAAGUUUACGGUGUUGUAGAGAGCAGACUAAAGGAAGUGUCCGAGUAUGUCGACAAGUGGCUGCAGUUCCAGUCACUUUGGGAUCUGCGGUCUGAGCAGGUCUACGACAUCUUGGGUGAUGAUCUAUCUCAAUGGCUCCAAUUACUCCAGGAGAUCAGAAAGAGUCGUGCCACCUUUGAUACCUCUGAGGUCGGCCGCUCCUUCGGCAACAUCCGAAUCGACUACGAGCAAGUCCAGACCAAGGUAAAUGCUAAAUACGACCAGUGGCAGCACGAAAUCCUUCUCAAGUUCGGCGCCAAGCUCGGCGGUCGUAUGAGAGAGGUCCAUUCCGAGAUUGCUGCUGCACGUCGCGAUCUGGAGGGCCAGACCCUGGAAGCCUCUUCGACCGCGCACGCUGUUUCCUUCAUCACCAUUGUCCAGCAGUGCAAGCGCAGAACUCGUGUCUGGGAGCCUGAGGUUGAUUUGUUCCGCCAAGGUCAAACUACACUCUCCCGCCAACGUUACCAAUUCCCCAGUGACUGGCUACAUGUUGAGAAUGUCGAUGGCGAAUGGGCAGCUCUCAAUGAGUUACUGACUCGCAAGAGCAAGAUCGUCCAUGAUCAAACCGAAGGCCUGCGUGCAAAGAUCACCGCUGAAGACCGAGUCAUCAGCGACAAGAUCGCCGAGGUUAUUUCCCAGUGGAAUGAUGAGAAGCCUGUCUCUGGAACUAUCCCACCAGAGGAAGCAUCCCAGACUCUGAAGACUUUCCAGUCUCGCCUUGAAGCCCUCCAAUUAGAGUUUGAGAUGGUUUCCAAGGCCAAGGAAGCGUUGGACUUGCCCGCCAGUGCCGAGUCAUCUUUGCCUCCAAUUCUCGAAGAGGUCCAGGAUUUCACCUCUGUUUGGGGUGCCCUGUCAACCAUUUGGCAGAACUUAAAUGAUCUUCGCGACGGACUGUGGACUAGCGUGCAACCCAGGAAGCUCCGCCAAGCCCUUGACAACUUGAUCAAAUUGACCAAGGAGAUGCCCAGUCGGAUGAGACAGUAUGCCGCUUUUGAGCAUAUCCAGAAUGUUCUUCGUGGAUUACUGAAGGUCAAUACUCUUCUCUCCGACAUGAAGUCCGAGGCUGUCAAGGAACGUCACUGGCAGAAGAUCUACAAGACUCUCAAGCCCGGAAAGCGUUUCUCUCUCGUCUCAUUGACCCUUGGUGAUGUUUGGGACUUGCAGCUCACUACAAGCGAGACUGUCAUUCGCAACAUCAUCGCACAGGCCCAGGGUGAGAUGGCACUGGAAGAGUUCCUCAAGUCUGUUCGUGAGACUUGGCAGAACUACUCUCUUGACCUGGUCAACUACCAGAACAAAUGCCGUCUCAUCCGAGGCUUCGACGAUUUGUUUGCCAAGUGCAGUGAGAACCUCAACUCCCUUCAAGCCAUGCGUCACUCCCCAUACUACAAGGAAUUCGAGGAAGAAGCUACCUCUUGGGAAGACAAGUUGAACCGAGUCCAUGUUCUCUUUGACGUUUGGAUUGAUGUCCAGCGCCAAUGGGUCUACCUCGAAGGUGUCUUCACCGGAAACGCUGAUAUCAAGCAUCUCCUCCCUCUGGAGUCUAGCCGGUUUCAAAACAUCAACUCCGAAUUCUUUGCUGUCAUGAAGAAAGUAUACAAGUCCUCCUUUGUUUUGGAUGUGCUUGCCAUCACUGGCGUACAGAAGUCCUUGGAGAGACUAGCUGAAUUGCUCAACAAGAUUCAAAAGGCUCUCGGUGAAUACCUGGAGCGCGAGCGUGUCUCCUUCCCUCGUUUCUACUUCGUUGGAGAUGAGGAUUUGUUAGAGAUCAUUGGUAACAGCAACGACAUCUUCCGCGUCGCCAAGCAUUUCAAGAAGAUGUUCGCUGGUUUGUCAGGCCUUGUUAUGGAUGACGAUAACAACAUCGUUGGAUUCACUUCCAAGGAGGGCGAAGAGGUUCGCCUCAAGAAGGAGGUCAACCUUGUCAAGACCCCCAGAAUCAAUGACUGGCUCUCUGCGCUAGAGAACAACAUGAAAUUGACUCUGGCAGAGCUUCUUGCCGAGGCUGUCGAGCAGUUCGAUACUCUUUACAACGCUACUGAGGUUGACCGAACUGCUUUCAGCGAUUUCCUGGCCAACUACCCUGCCCAAAUUGUGGUUCUUGCCAGCCAAGUUGUAUGGACCAACUCCGUGCAGAAAGCCUUGGAGGAAGGCGGUGCUAGCCUCCCGGCGCUGUACGAUGCCGAAGUUCGAAUCCUGGAACUCCUUGCUGCCACUGUGCUUGGUGAACUUGACACGAUUACCCGUAAGAAGUGUGAGCAUAUGAUCACAGAAUUCGUUCACCAACGUGACUGCAUCUCGAAGCUGGUCAAUCUUAAUGCUUCAACACCUACGCACUACCUGUGGCUCCUUCAGAUGCGUUAUGUUUACCAAGCCGAGGGUGACUUCCUGCAGCGCUUGUAUGUACACAUGGCCAACGCAAAGCUCAACUAUGGAUUCGAGUACCUGGGUGUGCCUGAGCGUCUCGUACGGACUCCCCUUACAGAUCGUUGCUUCCUCACCCUUACCCAAGCUCUUUGCCAGCGACUAGGUGGUUCUCCCUAUGGUCCUGCUGGUACUGGUAAGACGGAGUCUGUUAAAGCACUUGGUCUGCAACUUGGUCGUUUCACUCUUGUUUUCUGUUGUGACGACACCUUCGAUUUCCAGGCCAUGGGUCGUAUUUUCCUCGGUAUCUGCCAAGUGGGUGCGUGGGGUUGUUUCGACGAGUUCAACCGUCUGGAGGAACGUAUCCUCUCGGCUGUUUCUCAGCAGAUUCAGAACAUCCAGAUUGGUCUGAAGAACGGUGGAGACGAAAGCAAGUCUCAAAUUGAGCUUGUUGGCAGACGUCUUGCUGUGAAUGCCAACACUGGUAUCUUCAUCACAAUGAACCCUGGCUAUGCUGGCCGUUCAAACUUGCCAGACAACUUGAAGAAGCUGUUCCGCAGCGUUGCCAUGUCCAAGCCAGACAAAGAACUCAUUGCGGAAGUUAUGCUCUUCUCCCAGGGUUUCAAGCAAGCCAAGCCCUUGUCCAAGCAGACCGUUCCCUUCUUCGACCACUGUGCCUCACGCCUCACCAAGCAAGCACACUACGACUUUGGUCUUCGUGCAUUGAAGAGUGUGCUUGUUUCCUCUGGUGGCCUCAAGCGUACUCGUCUUGCGAGUGCCGCAGGAGAGCUAGGCCCUGAUGAUGUGAUUGAACCUCAAAUCAUCGUUCAGAGUCUGCGUGAAACCAUCGCCCCCAAGCUGGUUCAGGAGGAUGUUGAAACAAUGCUGGAUAUCCAGGUGGAGGACUUCCCUGGCGUGGAUUACGUGCCGGCCAACUUUGAGAAACUCACCCAGGCUAUCCGUGAUAUUGCUCACGAGCAGCAUUUCGUUGACAGCGAUAUGUGGAUCACGAAGGCUCUGCAGCUUUACCAGAUCCAAACUAUUCACCAUGGUGUUAUGAUGGUGGGGAAGUCUGGGUCUGGUAAAUCAGCCGCCUGGAAGAUUCUUCUGCAAGCAAUGCAACGCAUUGAAGGUGUUGAAGGCGUUUCUCACAUCAUUGAUUCCAAGGUGAUGUCCAAGGAGGCUCUUUAUGGUAACCUCGACAGCACUACCCGUGAAUGGACUGACGGUCUCUUCACUGGCAUCCUGAGAAAGAUCGUGGACAACCUCCGUGGUGAGGACAGCAAACGUCACUGGAUCGUCUUUGACGGUGACGUUGACCCCGAAUGGGUUGAGAACUUGAACAGUGUCCUUGAUGACAACAAACUGCUGACUCUGCCCAACGGAGAACGUCUCAACUUGCCUUCAAAUGUUCGCAUCAUGUUCGAAGUCGAGAGCCUGAAGUAUGCCACUCUUGCCACCGUCAGUCGUUGCGGUAUGGUUUGGUUCAACGAGGAUACCGUCACCCCUACCAUGAUGAUUACGAACUAUGUUGAGAGUCUUAGAACCAAGACCUUUGAGGAUCUAGAUGAAGACAGUGCUCCUGCUGGAACAGCCGCUGUGCGCACUCAAGAUGCCCAAGAUACGGUUGCAACCAUCCUCAAGCAGUUCUUGGAGGCCGACGAUCUUGUCCUCAAGGCUCUUCAGGAAGCCAAGAAGUACAACCAUAUCAUGGAAUUCACCGAUAUCCGUGCCCUCAACACUCUCUUCAGCUUGUUGAACAAGGCCUGCCGCAACGUUCUCGAGUACAAUGUCCAGCACGUCGACUUCCCUCUGGACCCCGAGCAAAUCGAGUCGUACAUCUCGAAAAAGCUACUCCUGACACUGGUCUGGUCUUUGACCGGUGAUUGUCCUCUCGGUGACCGUAAGGCUUUCGGCCAAUAUGUGUCUGGAAUGUCUACAAUUGAUCUGCCACCCGACGGAGAGUCAUCUCUCAUUGACUAUGAUGUUACUCUUCCCAAGUCCGACUGGUCCAGUUGGCAGUCGCAGGUGCCAUCGAUUGAUAUCAACACGCACUCCGUCACCCAAACUGACGUGAUUAUUCCCACAGUGGAUACAAUCCGUCACGAGGAUGUGCUCUACUCAUGGCUUGCCGAACACAAGCCCUUACUGCUCUGUGGUCCUCCUGGAUCUGAAAGUUGCCCAACAUGGAAGUCGUUGGCCUCAACUUCUCCAGCGCCACCACCCCCUGAUCUUUUGAUCAAGACCUUCGAGCAAUACUGCGAGUACAAGAAGACUCUGAACGGUGUAGUGAUGUCUCCUAACCAGAUUGGUCGCUGGCUCGUCAUCUUCUGUGACGAGAUUAACCUUCCCGCCCCCGAUCGAUACGGUACACAGCGCGCAAUCUCUUUCCUGCGUCAGCUUGUUGAGCAGAACGGCUUCUGGAGAUCUUCAGAUAAGAGCUGGGUCAGCCUGGAGCGUAUUCAAUUCGUUGGUGCUUGUAACCCUCCCACAGAUGCUGGUCGUACCCCCAUGGCCGAGAGAUUCCUGCGUCACGCACCUCUUAUCAUGGUAGACUAUCCCGGCGAGAUCUCUCUCAACCAGAUCUAUGGUACCUUCAACUCGGCUGUGCUUAAGAUUCUUCCCUUGCUGCGUGGAUACUCCGAGGCACUCACUAAGGCCAUGGUUCAAUUCUAUCUCGAAUCCCAAACCCGAUUCACACCUCAGAUUCAACCUCAUUAUGUUUACUCGCCCCGUGAGCUUACCCGAUGGGUUCGGGGUGUCUACGAGGCAAUCAAGCCGCUGGAGAGCUUGUCUAUUGAGGGCCUGGUCCGCAUUUGGGCGCACGAAGCUUUGCGUCUGUUCCAGGACAGACUGGUUGCCGAGGAUGAAAGAGCUUGGACGGCAGAUGCUGUUCGUCGCAUCGCCUUGGAGCACUUCCCUACGAUUGAUGAUCAAGAAGCACUCAAGGGCCCCAUCCUGUUCUCCAACUGGCUGUCCAAGAACUACGUGCCUGUCGAGCAGGAGAAGCUGCGUGACUUUGUCAAGGCCCGUCUGAAGACAUUCUGUGAGGAAGAGGUGGAUGUUCCGCUUGUGCUUUUCAACGAUGUGCUUGAACAUGCGCUCCGCAUUGACCGAGUCUUCCGCCAACCCCAGGGUCAUCUGAUCUUGAUUGGUGUAAGUGGCAGUGGAAAAACAACACUGUCCCGCUUCGUCGCCUGGAUGAACGGUCUGAAGGUGUUCCAAAUCAAGGUUCACGGAAAGUACUCUUCUGAAGACUUUGACGAUGAUCUGAGAAGUGUCCUUCGCCGGGCAGGAUGCAAAGGCGAGAAGAUUUGUUUCAUCAUGGACGAAUCAAAUGUUCUUGACUCCGGUUUCCUUGAGCGCAUGAACACCCUGCUUGCCAACGCUGAGGUACCCGGUCUGUUCGAAGGUGAUGAAUUCUCUUCCCUCAUGACCGCCUGUAAAGAAGGUGCUCAGCGCCAAGGCCUGCUGCUCGACUCGCAGGAAGAACUAUACAAGUGGUUUACUCAGCAGAUUGUCAAGAAUUUGCAUGUUGUGUUCACCAUGAACCCACCAGAGGAUGGUCUGUCUUCCAAGGCCGCCACUAGUCCCGCCUUGUUCAACCGUUGCGUGCUGAACUGGAUGGGAGACUGGUCUGAUCAGGCCUUGUUCCAGGUCGGCUCCGAGCUCACACAGUCGGUCGAUCUGGACAAGCCCAACUUUGUCGCGCUUGAUAGUAUCCCCGUGGCGUACAGGGAAUUGUCACUGCCAGCCACACACAGAGAUGCUGUCAUCAACUCCAUGGUGUAUAUCCACCACUCCUUGCACAGGUUCAACGGACGCCUGCAGAAGCAGCAAGGCCGGGCGACUUUCCUCACUCCUCGCCAUUACCUCGACUUUGUUGCACAGUACGUGAACCUGUUCAACGAGAAGCGCGAAGACCUGGAGGAGCAACAACGCCAUUUGAACGUUGGUCUCGAGAAGCUUCGUGACACUGUCGACAAGGUCAGCGAUCUGCGGGUCAGUCUGGCCCAGAAGAAGACACAGCUGGAGAAGAAGGACACAGAAGCGAACGAGAAAUUGCAGCGCAUGGUUGCUGAUCAACAAGAAGCCGAACAGCGGAAGCAAGCCUCAUUGGAGGUUCAGCAAGCACUUGAGAUUCAAGAAAAGGAAGUGGCAACCAGAAAGGAAGUUGUGUUGAACGACCUGGCUCAGGCUGAACCCGCUGUCUUGGAAGCCCAACAGAGUGUCAGCAAUAUUAAGCGUCAACAGCUCACUGAAGUUCGUGGUAUGGCUUCACCCCCAGGAGGUGUCCGACUUUCUCUAGAAGCUGUUUGUGUUCUCCUUGGGCACAGAGUCGACAGCUGGAAGGCCAUCCAAGGUAUUGUUCGUCGUGAUGAUUUCAUUGCCAGCAUCGUGAAUUACGACAGUAAGGUUUCAAUGACGCGCAGCCUCCGCGUCAAGAUGCAGAAUGAGUUCUUCUCUAAGGAAGACUUCACAUAUGAGCGAGUCAACCGUGCCAGUAAGGCUUGUGGUCCCCUGGUUCAGUGGGUCACAGCACAAGUCGCCUACUCUGAGAUCCUUGACCGCGUUGGUCCUCUUCGUGCGGAGGUCGAUCAACUCGAGGACCAGGCACUGCAAACCAAGGCUGAAGCCCAGGCUAUCGUCAACACCAUCAAUAGCCUCGAAGCCAGUAUUGCCACCUACAAGGCCGAGUACGCAGCUCUCAUUAGUGAGACUCAGGCAAUCAAGACCGAGAUGUCCCGUGUCCAGUUCAAGGUCGACCGCAGUGUUCGUCUGCUUGACAGUCUGGCCUCUGAGCGUGAACGUUGGGAAGAUGGCAGCAAGUCAUUUGAGACUCAAAUCAACACUCUCGUUGGUGAUGUCCUCAUUGCUGCUGCGUUCCUUGCAUACGCUGGUCUCUACGAUCAGCAGUUCCGUCGGGCAAUGAUUGACGACUGGGUUCACCAACUUGCGGCCUCUGGCAUUACAUUCAAGCCUCAUAACCCCAUCACGGAAUAUCUGUCCAACGCAGAUGAGCGCCUGACUUGGCAAGAUCACUCCCUCCCUGUGGACGACCUCUGCACGGAGAAUGCCAUUAUCCUGAAGAAGUUCAACAGAUAUCCUCUGAUCGUCGACCCAUCGGGCCGUAUCACCGAGUUCCUGCAAAAGGAGAGCAAAGAGCGCAAGCUCACCGUCACAAGCUUCUUGGACGAUUCCUUUGUCAAGCAAUUGGAGAGCGCCUUGCGUUUCGGUAACCCCAUUCUCAUCCAGGAUGCCGAGCACUUGGACCCCAUUCUCAACCACGUUCUCAACAAGGAAUACCAAAAGACCGGUGGUCGUGUCCUCAUCCAGUUGGGCAGGCAAGAGAUCGAUUUCUCGCCUUCCUUCAAGUUAUUCCUCUCAACCCGUGAUCCCUCGGCCUCGUUCCCGCCUGAUAUCUGCAGUCGUACCACAUUCGUCAACUUCACAGUCACCCAGAGCAGUUUGCAGACACAAUCACUGAACGAUGUUCUGAAGUUCGAGCGACCUGAUGUCGAUGAACGCCGUAACAACCUCGUUAAGAUGCAAGGAGAGUUCAAGGUCCAUCUUCGACAACUCGAGAAGCGCCUCUUGCAAGCUCUCAACGAGUCUCGCGGAAACAUUCUUGAUGACGACAAUGUCAUUGAGACUCUCGAGACUCUCAAGAAGGAGGCUGCUGAUAUCUCUAAGAAGAUGGCCGAAACCGAAGGUGUUAUGUCUGAGGUGGACAGUGUCACCCAAAAGUACAGCAUCAUUGCUCGUUCAUGUAGUGCUGUCUUUGCCGUUUUGGAGCAGCUUCACCACAUCAACCACUUCUAUCAGUUCUCCCUGCAAUACUUUGUCGACAUUUUCAACUCUGUUCUCUACCAGAACAAGCGACUUGCACAGGAGAAGGAUCAUUCUGCCCGCGUUCAGAUCAUCAUCAAGGACUUGUUCAUCAUGGCCUACCAGCGAACCUCACUGGGUCUUGUUCAGAAGGACCGGAUCACUCUCGCCAUCCUGCUUGCCCAAGCUACACCCUUCCCAAUGGACAGGACCAUCCUCGACCGCGUUCUGGACGAGACAGUCGAAGGCGUAGAUCUUUCAACUUCCGUUGAUGCCCGUGACCAAGUGCUUGCCAAGCUGUCCAAUAUGUCUCUUUUCAAGGAGCAGCUUACCAAUGUCACCCGAGAGCAAUGGGACCAUUUCUUCACUGAAGAACUUGCCGAAAACGCCGUCCCAAUUAUGUGGGACGAGAACACCUCGCAACUCGACCAGCUCCUCCGCUCCCUACUCCUAGUCAAACUUUGCCGCAUGGACAGAUUCGUCCCAACAGCCGAGCGUUUCAUCGAAGCUGUAUUCGGCCGUGAGCUUUUCGAAGGCAGCAGCGACCUCAAGGAUGUAGUUGACCAAGUCACCGCCACCCGACCAAUUGCCCUAAGCUCCAGCCCCGGCUUCGACGCCAGUUACAAGGUCGACGCCCUAGUCGAGCGCACGCACGCCAACUGCGCCAACAUCGCCAUGGGCUCCAACGAGGGUCUCGAAAGCGCCGACAAGGCCAUCAGCAACGCAGCCGCCGCAGGUAACUGGGUCCUAGUCAAGAACGUCCACCUGGCGCCAUCUUGGCUACAGAGUCUCGAAAAGAGACUAGAUUCCCUCAAGCCCCACAAGGAAUUCCGCCUAUUCCUGUCUAUGGAGUCCAGCCCUAAGAUCCCAGUCAACUUGAUCCGCGCAUCGCGCGUGCUCAUGUACGAGCAGCCCGCUGGAGUCCGCGCCAACAUGAAGGAUUCACUCUCCUCUCUCAGCGUAAGAGCCAGCAAGGCACCGGUCGAAAAAGCCCGCGUCUACCUCCUGCUCUGCUUCCUGCACGCCGUAGUCCAGGAGCGACUCCGCUACGCCCCCAGUCUCGGCUGGAAGGGCUUCUGGGAGUUCAACGACAGCGACUACGAAUGCUCCGCCUACAUAAUUGACCACUGGGUCGACACAGUAGCGCAAGGCCGAUCAAACGUAGCACCGACCAAGAUCCCCUGGGAAAUGAUCCGCACACUUAUAACCGAGAUGUACGGCGGCAAAAUCGACGACGCAGGUGACUACCAGCAACUUGAGAACCUGGUCACGAGCUUCCUCACGCCCGCCGCCUUCGAAGACGAAUAUAAGCUCGUCUCGGGCGUUGAGAAUGAUGAUCUGCUCACUCUGCCUAGCACGACUAGCAUGCGUGACUUCAUUGCUUGGGUUAAUGGUUUGCCGGAGCGUGAACCGCCUACUUAUCUUGGUCUUCCUGCUAAUGCGGAGAAAUUGUUGCUUGUUGGUCAUGGACGGAAGAUGAUUUCUGAUCUUUCGAGGGUUACUACGCUUCUUGAUGAGGGGGAGCAGUUGAUGGUUGAUAGCUAG